GAGCCAUCCUACCCAAAUACACGAUCUGUUUCGCGGCGACGUUGACUCCUGGAACACGGCCACGCCUAGAGCGAAAACGAGCUCCAGCGCUGCGCUGCACCCUGUUGAUCUCACCUGACCAUCGUCAUCCUCAACGAGCAGCCGCGAUUGUUCCAUUGGCCUCGCCAGUAUCGUCGACCUGUCGUCGUGGAGCUCGCACGCACUGCACACCGCACCGCACACACCAUCCGCACACAAUCUCCAAUCUCCAAGCCCGACGUCGCUGCUCGCACUUCCCCAGUCCAGCCUGGUCGGCUCUCACACCGCGAACCCUCCACGCGCAUGAGCACUGCUCCGUCCUUCCACAACGCUUGGGCCCUGUGCCCGCCAACACGACAUGUCGUCCUCCCCACCGCCGCAGCGGAACGCACCUCGACGUUUCGCUCCGGAGCCUGUAGAGACGACCACCAGAUCCUCCAAGCAGGCCCGCAAGCAUUCGCCCGAUGACCAGGAGCCGCCCAAGGUCCGACGCUUCGCACCCGAGCCCAUUGAGACAAGCACCAAGUCUUCUCGAGAUAAGCCUGCCAGCCCUUCGAGUGACGCAAAGCCUGCUGCACGCCGCUUUGCCCCACAGCCCAUUGAAACGACGCACAAGAGCAGCAAGGACAAAUCCGAAUCCAGGCGUAGUGACAGUGGCAGCGGGGUUCACAUACGCUUCAAGCCACAGCUUGUAGAGACCAGCUACGGCAGUAAUCGGUCGUCUCGCAACAGCAGUCGCAGGACUAGUCAGCACAGCGACGCUGGAUCUGGAGCAGCGACCGAACACGCCAAGUCGCGUAAAUUCCAGCCCGAAGUGUUAUCUUCCGCGAAGCGAUCAAGGAGAAAAGGCGACGCCAACGAUCAGAUCUACCAAGAUUACAAGACGGAGGACGGUUUCGUAAUACACGCACGGGAGCAUCAGCGCCAUGCAGGUAAAAAGGUCGGCAACCCUGAGGCUUUCCUCGAGGAUGAGAGCAAAUUGGCCUCGUCUUCGAGAAGCCGUGAAAUUCCACCACAUAUGAGACGUCCAAUAUCUCCAUUUGAUGGCAGUGCACCAGCUCGCCCUGCGGUGCAACCAGAGCGAACGCAUUCGUUCCGGUGUCCCGAACUCGACACGAUCGAGAGCUCUGAAAGUGAAGGCGACUCGGGCUCGUCCUCACGCAGGUCCUUCAGCCCCGGCCAAGGCUCUCCGAUCACCGCAUCCGAAUCGUCGUAUCCACAAGAGUUCUACAAGCAUGCUACGCGAAUGCGCGAGAGCGUGGAUGAGAGCUUCAGCCAUUAUCUGUUGCAGCUGGAACAAAAGAAGGCCCAGCGUCGCUUGCAAGAGGCAGCGCUCGCGGCUUUCCCCAACUCUGACUUCCACGAACCUGUUCAUCACUAUGUUAACAGCGAGCAAGACAGCAGUGAGGAGAUGGAGAUCGAGGAUCGGCCAGUGACGUGGGAAGGCUUCGACGAGGAAGAAUUCUUCAAUCGCGCUGCAAUGCGCAGGGAAAGCACGGGCAGAGUUCCGUGGGAACAGCUUGAAAUGCAGCGCCACGCGGAGCAAUUAGAGCAGGAGCGCAACGCCAACAAAACAACAGAAAAGAAGAAAGAAAACAACAACUCGCCAUGGUGGAAUCCAGCUGCUGCGCUGUCAAUUCAUCAGCAGGACAGCGAGUUGACGUCCAUGCGCGAUCGCGCUCGUCCGCCGAUGCUGGGGCGUGACUUGGUGUUCCCGCGAUGCCCGUCACCUGAGCCAGCUCGAUUUGACGUGACCCAGAGUUGCGAGACACUUCGUAAGCAGAUGUGUUAUCUCAACGAACAGUCGAAUGCAGAAUCUUGCAAAGGCGGACUGUGGUGUGCUGCACCUGCGAACAAGACCGAACAGAAAUCGUCGCCGAGUAAGAGUCCAUCGAAAAGCACAGCUGCAAAAGGUCUCUGGGGUGGUUUCUGCAUUAACAAGGAGGACACUUCUUCCAAAGCACUGUCUCCGCCUGCUGGACCUACUGGACUCAUGACGCCUGCUCCUCGAGCCGACAACGGCAAUCCAUUCGAGCAGUCUUUCGCUCAGCGCAAUGGAGCGAACAUGACAUUGGCUCCACCCACGCCACCGGAGAGCGUUGAUUUGAACCGUUUGGACGCCAUGCUCAUGACACAGAAGGAACUCUCCGCUCAGAUCGAACGCGAGUAUCCAGAUUCCUUCGUCACACAGGUGUACAAUUACCUCUCGCUCGGAUAUCCCUCGCUAGCUCGACCUUUUGACGAAGAAUUGUCCAAGAUCAGCUGCAUUCCCGUGUCUGAACUUCGAGAAGACGAUGUCAAAGCCAAGCAGAGCCCACGAGGUUACAUCCGUCUAGGAUCAGAUUUCGAAGGCGGUGGUGGACAGGGUCUUACCACACAAGACUGCAAACGCUGGCUGGCCCUGAGAUUAUACAUCCACGAGUGGGCCAAGCAGGAGAAGAAUUUUGACAAGACAGAUGCGCCAGGUGGAAACUGGGCCACUACGCAACGAAGAGGAAGUUGGGCGAUUUAGGCUCUUCAGUUUUGGAAAGCACGACUAUUACUUAUGCGGCAGAAGCUUUGCAUGUUUGUUUGAUUGUUUCUGGUUGUGGUUUUCGCACACACACAAUGGCGCGGCGUUCUGGGUGGGACUGGGGCGUAAGGCGGCACACUUGACUGGCCGUCCGCUCUUUUAAUUUUGCUUUGCUUUAUCGUUCAUUCAUGAUAGACGGCCCGCACAUUGGAGAUCAUUUCGAAUGGCGGCACAGAAGGGGCAUGUAUGUGUUACUAGCUAGCAUUUUUUCGGUGGCAGAGAUGGAUGGAGGAAGAGCAUGAGCAUUGGGGAUGAGGAGGCAAAAAUGGCCUAGCCUCGAUACACAGACUGAGAUUGACCAAUGCGGAGAAGGGAAGAGGAGGAGUAUUAUGACCAGCAGAUUCAUAUGACGAGCACAGAAUCGAAUUAUCAAUUGCUCG